AUGUCUUCUAGUUCUAGUUCUCCCAUGUUGUUGCUCCUCCUCAUUACAACACUCUUCAUUUCACAUUCUUCAUCUCAAAUGCAACUAUUACCUCUAACACACUCACUUUCCAAAACACAACAAUUCAACACCACUCACAACCUCCUCAAAUCCAUCACCACUCGUUCCAUAUCACGCUUCCACCACCACAAACACCACCAUCAACUCUCUCUAGGAUCCGACUACACUCUCUCUUUCAACAUUGGUCCUCACUCUCAACCCAUCACUCUCUACAUGGACACAGGAAGUGACCUUGUCUGGUUCCCUUGCACCCCUUUUAACUGCAUACUCUGUGAACUCAAACCCAACCCUUCUUCUUCUUCUUCUCCUCCCCACACCAACAUCUCCCACAGCGUUCCCGUUUCAUGCAGCUCCAAAGCAUGCUCUGCAGCAUUCAGUUCCAUCUCUUCUUCCAAUCUCUGUGCAAUGGCUCGUUGCCCAUUAUAUUACAUAGAAACCAAAGACUGUGGUUUCUUUCACUGUCCACCGUUUUACUAUGCAUACAGCGACGGAAGCUUAAUCGCUCGUCUCUAUCGUGAUACACUUUCUCUUUCUUCGCUGCAACUCAGAACUUCACAUUCGGUUGUGCUCAUACCACGUUUUCAGAACCCACCGGAGUUGCUGGGUUUGGCCAUGGCUUAA